UCGCGUUAAAUUACUUGAAAUUUUACCGUAGUUCGCUCAAGACUAUAGAAACAUGGAAAUACAAAACUCUGAUGUGUGCCGACUCUGCUUAGGGUCUAUAAAUCUCUGCGAUGAGACGUUGCUGAACAUCAAUCACCAUCUGAUUAAGUCAAUUUUUCACAUCACUGGACUAGAAGUAGUAUCAGAUCCAAAUCAAUGGGAAUAUAUUUGCAGCCGGUGCAAAUCUUUAUUGGAGCAGUGUGUUGAAUUUCGUACGACUUGCAUCAAUAAUGAUGUCGUGUUCCGCAAAAUGUUGACCAGUUCGAACCAUGUUGAAGACAGUAAAGCAGAACAACAGACGCCAGUAGUUGAAUUUGUCAAACUGGAACCAGAAAACCAUGUUGCAUCCUAUGUGGACGAAACAGAACUUGAUCCGGUUGAUUCAGGAAAGCAUGCUGACGAUGUCAAUGGAGCAUUGGAAAAUAAUCAUAAGUUGCCACAGAACGUCGAUGAACUCCCUGUAACAAGGAAAAGAAAAUCAAAGACAAACAACGACGAUGGCACAAAUCCUCCCAAACUUAAGAAAAAGUAUCAACGGUCGCGCAAGGACGCCCGGAAGGUUCAAUGUCAGCAGUGUGGCAAUAUGGUGGCACACUACAACCUGAAGAGUCACCAGGAGAUACACAAUCCCAAUCGACGGAAACUGUGCUGCCCGCACUGUCCCAAAGAGUACACGCAGACCAAGCAGUUGAAGCAGCACAUCAAUGCGAUUCACACGCACGAAAUUCAGUACACCUGCGAUCAAUGUGGGAAAUCAUACCUCAGACGGAACUCACUGAACGAACACUAUAUGGCAUCGCACACCGGCGAGAAACGGUAUGCAUGCAUGAUUUGUGGGGAAAGAUUUGCUAGAGCAGGGCUGCGGACUCAUCAUCAAAGAAAGGUUCAUUCAACGGCUCGACCAUUUGCUUGUGAAUACUGCGAUAAAGCUUUCAAGUUUAAGAGUGAUUUGACUAUUCACACCCGCACUCAUACCGGAGAGAAGCCAUUCAAGUGUGACAUUUGCGGCAAAACCUUCAACAAAAGCUACAACGUUGUGAUACAUAAAAAAUCUCAUCAGAAUGGCAGAAAUCUUCCUACUGUCAAUGCACCUUGCAGUUUUCCAGUCUAGCAGUGCCUCCAGCACCAGGCCAGCGGUAGAUGCCGCGCCAGAACUGAGAGGACGAAGAGCAAUACCAAAGAGAACCCUCGAC